AUGAACUUCAAGGUCACAGGCCUGGGCCUGGACAAGAUGAGGCUGGACAGUCCACAGUCCUUCCUGGACACGGAGGAGGUGGAAGAGGGGGAGGAUCAGCAGCUGCUGGAGCCAGAGGCUUGGAGGACCUACAUGGAACACCGCAAUGUGCUUCGUGAGUUCCUGACCUCAGACCUGAGCCCCCACCUGCUCAAGCGCCACCAUGCCCGCAUGCAGUUGCUUAAGAAGUGCUCCUACUACAUCGAGGUCCUCCCCAAGCACCUGGCCCUGGGUGACCAGAACCCCCUGGUGCUGCCCAACACCAUGUUCCAGCUCAUUGACCCCUGGAAGUUCCAGCGCAUGAAGAAGGUGGGCACAGCACAGACCAAGAUCCAGCUGCUGCUCCUCGGAGACCUGCUGGAGCGGCUGGACCGUGGCCGCGCAGAGCUGGACGGCCUGCUGGAGUCUCCAGACCCGCGGCCCUUCCUGGCCGGCUGGGGGCUUGUGGAGCAGCGGCUGGCAGACUUGUCGGCUGUCAUGGACAGCUUCCUGGCCAUGAUGGUGCCAGGGCGCCUGCACAUCAAGCACCGCCUGGUGUCUGACAUUGGGGCCACCAAGAUUCCACACAUCCGGCUCAUGCUGAGCACCAAGAUGCCAGUCAUGUUCGACCGAAAGGAAUCAGUGGCCCAUCAGGACUGGGUCAGCCUGCGCUGGUUUGUUACUGUCCAGCCAGUCGUGCCAGAGCAGUUUGAGCUGCGCUUCAAGCUGCUGGAGCCGCGGACACAGCAGGAAUGCACGCAGUGUGGCAUCAUCCCUGUGGCCACCUGCACCUUUGAUGUCCACAACCUGUUACCCAACCGUGCCUACAAGUUCACCAUCAAGAGGGCAGAGAGCUACACACUGGUGUAUGAACCAUGGCGGGACAGCCUCACCCUGCAGACCAUGCCAGGGCCCCCAGGAGGGCCUGCCCCCAGUCGGCUGGGCAAGCCCAGCUCGCCCCUGACCACACCUUCCGAGAGAUGA